AUGAGAUUUGUUCUGUAUUACCUGAUCGUGAUGGGGUCCAGUUAUGUGAUUUCAACUUACGGGCCCCAUCAGAGAGCUCAGAAGACCGGGGAUAUUUUGCUCGGAGGUCUUUUCCCCAUCCACUUUGGAGUCGCAUCCAAAGACCAAGACCUCGCCGCUCGGCCUGAAUCCACACAGUGUGUCAGGUUCAAUUUCCGUGGUUUCCGUUGGGUUCAGGCCAUGAUUUUUGCGAUUGACGAGAUAAACAACAGCAGUGACCUCCUGCCUAACAUCACCCUGGGCUACAGGAUCUUUGACACAUGCAACACAGUGUCAAAAGCCCUGGAAGCUACGCUUAGCUUUGUGGCCCAAAAUAAGAUAGACUCCCUGAAUUUAGAUGAAUUUUGUAACUGCACUGAUCACAUCCCAGCCACCAUAGCAGUAGUAGGAGCGGCCGGGUCUGCCGUCUCUACAGCUGUCGCAAACCUACUGGGUCUUUUCUAUAUUCCUCAGAUCAGCUAUGCCUCUUCUAGUCGCCUACUGAGCAACAAGAAUCAGUACAAGUCCUUCAUGAGAACCAUUCCUACUGACGAGUACCAGGCCACAGCCAUGGCAGACAUCAUUGAGUACUUUGAGUGGAACUGGGUCAUUGCUGUGGCUUCAGAUGAUGACUACGGACGCCCAGGCAUCGAGAAGUUUGAGAAGGAGAUGGAAGAGCGAGACAUCUGCAUUCACCUUAAUGAACUCAUUUCUCAGUACUUUGAGGAUCAUGAAAUCCAAGCACUGGCUGACAGGAUUGAGAACUCCACCGCUAAAGUCAUUGUUGUGUUUGCCAGUGGCCCAGAUGUGGAGCCUUUAAUCAAAGAGAUGGUGAGGAGAAACAUCACAGAUCGCACCUGGUUAGCCAGUGAAGCGUGGGCUAGCUCCUCUCUCAUUGCUAAACCAGAGUAUCUUGAUGUUGUAGCGGGGACUAUUGGUGUUGCCCUAAAGGCAGGGCAUAUACCUGGCUUUAGAGGGUUCUUACAACAAGUCAAACCAAAGAGAGACAGUCAUAAUGAAUUUGUCAGGGAGUUUUGGGAAGAAACUUUUAACUGCUAUCUGGAGGACAUUCCGAGGCAGCAUGAGAGUGAGAAUGGCAGCACUAGUUUCAGGCCUUUGUGUACUGGUGAAGAAGACAUCACGAAUGUUGAGACCCCAUACCUGGACUUCACACACCUUCGUAUCUCCUAUAAUGUGUAUGUUGCAGUUUAUUCCAUUGCACAGGCCCUGCAGGACAUACUCAUCUGCACACAUGGACAAGGACUGUUUGCCAACCAUUCAUGUGCAGAUUUAAAGAAAAUGGAAGCAUGGCAGGUCCUGAAGCAGCUCAGACACUUGAACUACACCAACAGUAUGGGCGAAAAGAUGCACUUUGAUGAGAACGCAGACUUGGCAGCAAACUACACCAUCAUAAACUGGCACAGGUCUGCUGAGGACGGUUCUGUGUUGUUUCAGGAGGUUGGAUACUACAACAUGCACAUCAAGAGGGGGGCCAAACUGUUUAUCGAUAAGACUCAGAUUUUGUGGAAUGGAUACAGCUCUGAGGUGCCAUUCUCUAAUUGUAGUGAGGACUGUGAGCCUGGUACCAGAAAGGGGAUCAUCGACAGUAUGCCCACAUGCUGCUUUGAAUGCACUGAGUGCUCAGAUGGAGAGUACAGUAAUCAUAAAGAUGCCAGUGUUUGCAUCAAGUGUCCCUAUAACUCUUGGUCCAAUGGGAACCACACAUUCUGCUUCCUGAAGGAAAUCGAGUUUCUCUCCUGGACAGAGCCAUUCGGGAUAGCUUUGGCCAUAUGUGCAGUACUGGGUGUGUUCAUGACAGCGUUUGUGAUGGGAGUCUUUGUCAGAUUUCGCAACACCCCAAUAGUGAAGGCCACAAACCGAGAACUGUCCUACGUCCUCCUAUUCUCACUGAUCUGUUGCUUCUCCAGCUCCCUCGUCUUCAUUGGAGAGCCACAGGAUUGGACAUGUCGUUUACGUCAACCUGCCUUUGGUAUCAGCUUUGUUCUCUGUAUCUCCUGCAUCCUUGUGAAAACAAACAGAGUACUUUUGGUAUUUGAAGCCAAGAUCCCCACAAGUCUCCAUCGUAAAUGGUGGGGAUUGAACCUGCAGUUCCUGCUGGUGUUUCUGUGCACAUUUGUCCAAGUCAUGAUAUGUGUGGUGUGGCUUUACAACGCCCCUCCUUCCAGCUACAGGAAUCACGACAUUGAUGAAAUCAUUUUUAUCACCUGCAAUGAGGGAUCUGUGAUGGCUCUUGGGUUUCUUAUUGGCUACACGUGCCUCCUGGCAGCUAUAUGUUUUUUCUUUGCAUUCAAAUCUCGGAAACUUCCAGAAAACUUUACAGAGGCAAAGUUCAUCACCUUUAGCAUGCUCAUAUUCUUUAUUGUUUGGAUCUCUUUUAUACCUGCGUACUUUAGUACUUACGGCAAGUUUGUUUCAGCUGUGGAAGUCAUUGCUAUACUGGCAUCCAGCUUUGGGAUGCUGGCCUGUAUCUUCUUCAACAAGGUCUACAUCAUCCUCUUCAAACCCUCCAGUAACACCACUGAGGAAGUCCGAUGCAGCACCGCGGCCCACGCUUUCAAAGUAGCUGCCAAAGCUACACUGAAACAUAAUACGGCUGCAAGAAAGAAAUCCGGUAGCAUUGGUGGAUCUUCUGCCUCGAGCCCGUCCUCAUCCAUCAGCCUCAAGACCAACGGCAAUGACAGCGAUGCAGGAAAGCACAAACCAAGGAUGAGCUUCGGCAGUGGAACAGUAACUCUGUCCCUGAGCUUCGAGGAGUCGAGGAGGAGCUCUCUCAUCUGAUCGCAUGAUGUGGUGGUGUCAAACACCCCUAACCCUAACCCUUCAUCAAUACCAAUAAUUGGCUGUGUGUAUUUGAAAUUAAUUUACACUUAUACCUCCCCAUCUUCUUUUUUUCCUGUCUUCUUUUUUUUACAUUUUUUCAGAAAGAUGUAUAUUGUACACUAUCUGAAUCCUGUGACUUUUAUUAUUUUCAGCAUGACCCUGAUGUACGCUAAGCCUAUUAAUAUUAAAACACG